UUGUAAGCCAACCCCGUUCACCGUUUUAAUCUCUCUCUCUCUCUCUCUCUCUCUAUCUCUACACACUCUACUUUCUCUCUAUAUAGUAGAGUGUGUUCGUCACUUUCACUCUCUCUCUCUCUUCUCUCACCGACCUUCUCGAGAACCCUAGAGAGAAAAGACUCAAACUUUGGAAGAUCCAUCGGCGGAAUUUUUCAAGAAUCGUCGUCGGGAGUGGUUUCUCCGGAUGAUACACUAUGGAUGAUGAUCUCUGGGGUCCGCCACUUGUUGUGAAAGACGAUGCCUUUCGUAAGCCUCCUCUGCGUGGUUGUGAGUUUUGGUUUGAUUUCAGAACAGAUGUGCUUGAAGAAAGUUUCCAGAUGGAGAGAUACUGUGAGAUAGUGUGGGCGAUACUGAACGAGAAGAAGCAAGCUGCUGAGAUUGUUGAACUUGAAAAGGAUGUGGCUUCCUCUGGGAGCGGUGGUGAUAUAGGAGGAGGCUCUUCUGAUUCGGACAAGACCUUAAGUGCUACUAUUCCUGAUGCUGACACAAGCUCUUCAAAAUCUUCUCUUGACGAAGAUGAGAACACGUCUAGUAUCAGUGAUGCUCUAACUACCGAGACCAAAGAUUCCACUAACGGCACUGAAGCAAUUGACCCGGAAACAAGCUUAAAGCCUCAGGAGACUGAACCACAUGACCUUAUAACAGUUGAGGUUGGAGAAGAUGGGGACACCUCUUCUAGCCCUGUGUUGGGGAACAAGAUUGUGGAAGCUGAGGAACAUUCUUGUUCAUCCUUUGUUACUCACCAAGCCCCUGAGAACAAAUCUCCAUCUGCUAUAAGCCAAGAGAACAAUGAAAGUUCCACUUUGACGCCAUUGGUUGAGACCAGAGAGAAUGCAAAUGCUACAAACGAAGAUGGAGAAAUACUGAAGGAUCAAAGGGAUAGCUUGCAAGAAAUCGAAACUGCUUCUGAGCCUUUCACCACAGAGUCUCUCUUAGAAAUGUGUGAUGAACCUGAGAAAAGCAAAAGACUAAUCCCUGCGACCGUUGUUGUUAAGGAAGAGCCGAUCAUGAACAUGCUUACUGAGGCAAGGAUCAAGGCAGAGGAGAGCUUGAAUCCUCCUCCUGGGUCAGCAGUCCUAAUCAAGAAGAGAAAGAGACCUACUUCUAACACAAGCUUGAUCAGAAACACUAAGCAGAAAGGUCCAAGUGUUCCUCUACCGCUUUCAGCUUCAACGCUUGAUUUGAUAGACAGAAUCAGACAGAGAGGAGGAGGUGGGAAGAAGACCAUCAUGGGUGGAGAAGAAGAACCAGCGAUCUUAAUAAGCGAGUUGCACGACAAGACAGGGAAGGAGCUGAGAAGCAUAGCGAAGGAGCUGAAAGUAACACGUUACUACAAGAUGAAGAAAGAAGAUCUGCUUCAACACUCUAUCAUGCAGCUAAAACUGAAGCCUAACCAAUUGCAAGGAAAGCCAUAACAGGUCUCCUCUGGUAUAGUUAACAUUAGAGCUUACAGAUGAAUGAAUCCUUCUUCUCUUUGUGUUUCUUGGAUUCAAUGGUAUUAACCAAUCAAUCAUUAGCUUGUAUAAAUCUAAAGUAGAAAUGCUUAUUGGGAUAUAUAUAUGAAGUUUA